CAAGUCUCGCCUGAUUCUCAUCUGGUUCUCUCUCUCGCUCGCCGUCUCGCUGCCGCCAUGGCCUUCACUGCUCAGCACCAAGCACUGAGCGCGCAGCUCGCUGGCGCCGUGCCUUCUCGUCCUCGAAGAUCAGCGGUGGUUUCGAAUCCAUCCUCCAUCGUCUCCGCCUCACUCCCCGAAUCGGGAAUUUCCCAUCACCAAAAUCCAUCACGCAAACCUCCCCAUUGGAUCCGCAAGAAAACCCUAGCUGUCUCAUCGGCCUCCGCCUUGGCAGCGGCGGUCGGUGGAGGAUUCAUCUUCCAUCUCUCCUCUGGUGCUCCGCCACCAGGUAAUCCUGGUGGUGGAGGUGGCUGGGGAUGGGGCUCCGGCGGUGGAGGAGAUGGGGGUGGCUUCUGGUCUCGCUUCUUCUCUCCUUUGGCUGCGAUCGCAGAGGACGAUCAGACCGGCGGCGGCGGCGGUGGCCAGGAAUGGGACUCCCAUGGCUUGCCGGCCAAUAUUGUGGUUCAACUCAGCAAGCUGAGUGGCUUCAAGAAGUACAAGAUCUCCGAGAUCCUCUUCUUUGAUCGGCGCAAGUGGACGACCGUGUCUGGCACCGAGGACUCCUUCUUCGAGAUGGUUUCUCUCCGCCCCGGCGGCGUCUACACUAAGGCCCAGCUUCAGAAGGAGCUUGAAACCUUAGCGUCUUGCGGAAUGUUCGAGAAGGUGGAUCUCGAGGGCAAGACGAAGCCUGAUGGCACCCUCUCCCUCACCGUCUCGUUCACUGAGAGUACUUGGCAAUCUGCUGACUCGUUUCGAUGCAUCAACGUGGGGCUGUUGCCUCAGACGAAGCAGAUGGAGAUGGACCCUGACAUGACUGACAGAGAGAAGCUGGAGUACUUCCGGAACCAGGAGAAGGACUACAAGCGAAGGAUUGAGAGAUCAAGGCCGUGCCUGCUGCCGAUCCCGGUGCAGCGCGAGGUGAUGCAGAUGCUGCGGGAACAGGGGAAGCUGAGUGCUCGGUUGCUUCAGAGGAUCCGGGAUAGGGUCCAGAAGUGGUAUCAUGACGAGGGAUAUGCUUGUGCUCAGGUGGUUAAUUUUGGGAAUUUGAACACUAGGGAGGUUGUGUGCGAGGUUGUAGAGGGGGAUAUCACGAAGCUUGAUAUACAGUUCCAAGAUAAGCUCGGGAAUAUAUGCGAAGGAAACACUCAGCUUGGCGUGAUCCGGCGAGAGCUACCUAAGCAGCUACGACAAGGGCACGUUUUCAAUAUUGAAGCAGGGAAACAAGCUCUGAGGAACAUAAAUUCACUUGCUUUAUUUUCCAACAUUGAAGUAAAUCCAAAACCUGAUGAAAAGAAUGAAGGUGGAAUCAUAGUUGAAAUAAAACUCAAAGAACUGGACCAAAAGUCUGCUGAAGUCAGCACAGAGUGGAGUAUUGUUCCUGGACGUCAAGGACGACCAACUUUGGCAUCAUUUCAACCUGGUGGAACUGUUUCAUUUGAACACCGAAAUAUCAGUGGGUUGAACAGAUCCCUACUCGGCUCAGUGACAUCUAGCAAUCUUCUCAAUCCUCAGGAUGAUCUAGCUUUCAAGCUUGAAUAUGUACAUCCAUAUUUGGAUGGGGUGUACAAUCCCCGGAAUCGUACUUUCCGUGCUAGCUGUUUCAACAGCCGCAAGUUGAGUCCAGUUUUCACUGGUGGAUCUGCAAUGGAGGAGGUUCCGCCUAUAUGGGUUGACAGAGUGGGGUUCAAAGCCAAUGUGAUGGAGUCCUUCACACGACAAAGCAAGUUCACCUAUGGACUAGUGUUGGAAGAAAUCACGACACGUGAUGAAACCAGUAGUAUUUGCACUCAUGGUACUCGCCCAUUACCUAACGGUGGCUUAAGCAUGGAUGGACCCCCAACAACACUAAGUGGCACUGGCGUUGAUCGCAUGGCAUUUUUACAGGCUAAUAUCACCCGGGAUAAUACAAAGUUUAUAAAUGGUGCAAUUGUUGGUGAGAGGAAUGUUUUUCAGUUGGACCAGGGACUUGGAAUCGGCAGCAAAUUUCCAGUCUUCAACCGUCACCAGCUCACGGUCACUCGCUUUUUGCAAUUAAAGCAAGUAGAAGAGGGUGCUGGUAGACCACCACCACCUGUUUUAGUUCUUCAUGGACAUUAUGGUGGAUGUGUAGGGGAUCUCCCUAGCUAUGACGCCUUCACACUUGGGGGACCCUAUUCUGUGAGAGGUUACAAUAUGGGUGAGCUGGGUGCCUGCAGGAAUAUUCUCGAGCUUGCUGCUGAACUGAGGGUCCCUGUGAAGAACACCCAUAUGUAUGCCUUUGUGGAGCAUGGGAAUGACCUUGGAAGUUCAAAGAAUGUCAAAGGUAAUCCCACAGAGUUCUUCCGGAGGGUAGGUCAUGGGUCAUCUUACGGUGCUGGAGUUAAGCUUGGAUUGGUCAGGAUGGAAUAUGCAGUUGAUCACAAUGCAGGUACUGGUGCAGUGUUCUUCAGGUUUGGUGAGAGAUUUUGAUGUGUCAUAAGAAUAUUUCCAUUGAGUAGCCAUAACUAAUGAGUCGUAUAAUGCGGGUAUUGAUGUGUCAUUAGAAUAAUUCAAUUGGAUUUCUCUAAAGACUUGUUUGAUUGCUUGUUUCCUUCAUAGUACUGAGCCUAGAACUCAACCUCAUAUUUUUUUUGCCGCAAAUGCAGUUCCCACACAGUUCUUUUGUUUGUUU